UGCAAGCGGGGUGAUUCUGGGUGGAGAGGGGCACUGCUGGGCAAGAAGUGCCUGGUUGCUCCUGCCGCCCAGCCCUGCCCUCGCCCUCCGCCUGGGGGUGCCUCAGGGGCCGCUGGCUGGCACAGGCGUCCUGCCCAGGCUCACGGGCGCUGGGGGGUCAGACGAGCUGCCCUUGUGGUGCCUAGUGCCUGCCCACAUGGAGCUGCGUGACUACCAGUGGGAAGUGAUCCUGCCCGCCCUGGAGGGCGAGAACAUCAUCAUCUGGCUGCCCACGGGUGCAGGGAAGACCCGGGCAGCUGCCUACGUGUGCAAGAGGCACCUGGAGACCCGGGAGCGGGCCAAGGUGGCUGUGCUGGUGAACAGGGUGCACCUGGUGGAGCAGCACUACACGCAGGAAUUCCACGCGCUGCAGGAUCGCUUCCGGGUCACGGCCAUCAGCAGCGACAGCGACCAGAAAUUCUUCUUCUCCAAAGAGGUGAAGCUGAACGACGUGGUGAUCUGCACGGCAAAGAUCCUGCAGAACGCCCUGACCAGCCAGGACAAGGACAUGCAUGUGGAGCUGACGGAUUUCUCCCUGCUGGUGAUUGACGAAUGCCACCACACCCACAAGGACGGCGUCUACAACCAGAUCAUGGAGGAUUACCUGGAGCGCAAGCUGAGAGGCCAGCGGAAGCUGCCGCAGAUCCUGGGCCUCACUGCCUCACCCGGCACCGGGGGGGCCACCAGCAUCCAGGGGGCCAGGCAGCACAUCCUGCAGAUCUGCGCCAACCUGGACACCGCCAAAAUCAUGUCAUCCCAGAAGCACCGUGUCCACCUGGAGGCUGAAGUCCCUCAGCCCAGGAAGCAGUACGACGUGUCCCAUGAGAGGCCGCAGGAUCCCUUGGGCAGGAAGCUGAAGGAGACCAUGGCCCACAUCCACCAGUACCUGGACGUUCGUGACCUGCCGCAGGACUUUGGCACGCAGAGCUACGAGCAGCGCGUUGUCGAGCUGGGGAAGGAAGGAGCCCAAUCGUUCUGCCGUAAGAAGCGCACAUGCGCCAUGCACCUGUGGAAGUACAACGACGCGCUGCUGAUCAAUGACACGGUGCGCAUGAUCGAUGCCUUCAGUGCCCUGGACGAGUUCUACCAGCUGGAAAAGGCCACCAAGCUUCUGCAGGACCCCACGGAGCGCUUCCUCGUCAGCACCUUCGAGGAGAUCAAGGCAGCCCUGCUGGCUCUGGCCAGCGACCCGCGCUACGAGAACCCCAAGCUGAGCAAGCUGGAGGAGAUCCUCCAGGAGCAGUUCCAGACCCUGGGCCGCUCCCGCGGCAUCAUCUUCACCAGGACGCGCCAGAGCGCCCACGCCCUGCACAAGUGGAUCCAGGAGAACGCGAAGCUGGCGAGACUGGGCAUUAAGGCAGCUGUCCUGACUGGAGCCGGCUACAGCAACCAGACCAAGCACAUGACCCAGAACGAGCAGCAAGACGUGAUCAAGUUGUUCCGCAAGGGAGACCUCAACCUGCUCUUCUCCACCAGCGUGGCUGAGGAGGGCCUGGACAUCCCAGAAUGCAACAUCGUGGUUCGCUAUGGGCUGAUGACCAAUGAGAUCGCCAUGGUGCAGGCCAGGGGCCGCGCCCGCGCCGAGAACAGUCUGUACUCCGUCCUCGCCAAGGCCAACAGCAAGGAGGUGUUGCGGGAGCGGCUGAACGAGACCUUGGAGGAGCUCAUGCAAAGAGUCAUCGAAGAGGUGCAGGCCAUGCCGGAGAAGGAGUACCGGGACACGAUCACAGACCUGCAGCGAAGCGCCAUCAUUAGCCGGAAGGUGAAGAAGGCUGAAGGCAACCAGAAGCGGCAGCUGCACGACCCGGACGCCGUCCGCCUCCACUGCAUAAACUGCAACAUGGCCGUGUGCCACGGCAGCGACCUGCGCACCGUGGAGAAGAUGCACCAUGUCAACAUCAACCCGGACUUCAAGAUUUACUACAAUGCCACGUCCAACAACGUGGAGAUUCCCCGCAACUUCAAGGACUGGAAGCCGGGGGGCAGCAUCAGCUGUGUGAGCUGCGGCCAGGCCUGGGGCAUGGAGAUGAUCUACCGCAGCGUGACACUGCCCAUCCUCUCCAUCAAAAACUUUGUGGUGGCGACGCCGGACGGGAACAAACAGCCCAAGCAAUGGAGCCGGGUGACUUUCACCAUCGAGGAGUUUGACUACGUGGAGUACUGCAGCAGGAACCUGGGCAUGUAGCACCUGGCGAGCUCAGGAGACUGGCCGAGCCCCAAGCACCCUGAUAGGGAGCCUGAGCCCAGCCCUGGGCAUGGUAGGCCGCAGCAGCCCUGCCAGAGAUCAGCACUGGGCAUAGUGGAAGCAUUUUAACCCUGCUUUUCCCAGGUGUGGCUCUGUCCUUCCUCCAUAUGCUCCACAGCGCCCGGGCACUGGGCAGCAAUAGACCAAUGGAGGAGGAAGGUCGCCCUGGAGAUGGGCCCCCCUGCGCUCCUGCCCCUCUCCGCUCUGCUGGGCCCCUCUGGGCCCACACAGGAUCAGGUGCAGGAUUGGGACCUAAGGGGGCUGCCUCCCCCAGAGACCAGGCUCUGGGCUGGUAGAUGGCCUAGUGAUGGGACUGAAGUGUCCCGGCCAAACAGGGCAAGGGACCAUAGAACCACAGGGUUAGAUGGGACUGCGGGGGUCAUGUUAUCUGAACCCCUGCCGAGAUCUGUACUAUUCACCCAGGAUUGACCAUAAAACCCCUCCUGCCCUCCCCAGGUGUCUAACACACUCCCCCAUCCACCCUCCUCUGCCCCUCAGCAGUCACUGCUAAGGAGCAGAGUGUUGUGACCAAAUCUCAGGCCUGGGAUGCAAGACGCCUGGGCCCUGUUCCCAGCUCUGCUGCUGACUCACUGGCUGAUCUCACACAAGUCUCGUCCUGCCUCUGUGCCUCAGUUUCCCUACCCAUCAGAAAAGGAUUAUGCUGUGCCCCUUCUAGGGGGAGUCUGCAGGUACAUUUAUUUAUGGUUCUGUGAAGGACAGGACACAUCUUUCCCACCCUGCCCCUGUCCAGGAAACCCCCCCGAUCUCACUCACAGCUUGCAGUGAUUCUGCGCAAUGCGCAGAAGCCAAUCUUUUUUCCUGCUGGGCUGCACAAAGCCGAGUGCAUGUCGAUUGCAGCAGUGCGUGAUUGGUUUGCAGAACUGCCACCAGCCCCUCUGCUGCCCGAACCGCGAGCCAGUGCAGUGGCUCGUGCUUAGCCAGAGCGGAGGAGCCACUACGAAAACAGGCAAGUUCUCAUGAAAAUAAUAAUAAUAUAGCCGAUAGGGGGCCUGCUCGAGCCUCUCAGGGCCCUGCGCAAUUCCUCAGUCUGCUGAUGCCUGGCCCCGUCCCGGCUCUGGCUAGGUAGGAAAUACAAGCCCCACGGAGUCCCUAGACACCAUGCAAUGCGUUCGGGAGUGGCCACGCUGAUCUCCAAGCAGCCUUCUGCCACUUGGGGGUUUAAGGCUGUGACACUGGCAGGCUAGGUGCCAGCUCAUGCCACGGUCCCCAGGCCUCCACUGAACACUGACAGAUACAUGGCGGACACCAGCCUGUCUCCCCGAGGGCUAGUGCUGUUAAAAUAGGUAGCAGAACUAUCAGCAUGUGCUUUGUGUUUAGACUGUAUUGAAUCGCUGUCAGUUGCUACGUGCAUUAAUCGCAGUCAGACUGUCCCACACUGUAAGGUAAUCGCUGAGCGUUUGCGCUGUCAGCCUCAGUAACUGUGUAAGGACCGGACUGGAGAGCGCGAUUAGUGUGAAAUGCUGGUUCCCGCCAGCAGGUGUUACCGCCAGCCCACAAGGAAGGCCCAGUCACACCAGACAGACUAGAGCGGAACACUAACAUGGACAAAAGACUUGGUGGUUUACGCUCCCCACCCUGUUAGGAUGAGUCUCGACUGUGAAUUCCUCCCAUCAGCUGAGUUUCAACUCCAAGCAGAAGCGGGGAAGGGAAUAAAGCCCCCUAACAAGGAGGAACUGGAUCUUUAAGCUGCUUUGCAUGGGACAAGGAUCGCUGGGCGUAGGCAAAAGGGGCCCAGCUGCUCAGCCUGGCCUAGCCAUGUGGGCCAUACAGAGCUUGCGUAGCACAGAAGCUUCUGUUACUUUUUGACACUGAAGGUUGGCCCCCGUUUGUGUGCAUAUGUCUGCCUGCUUUGCCUGUAUGAGUGACUCGGAUUUGCUUUUCUAUAGAAUAAAUCUUUAGACAGGUUAGUGUAGGACUGGCUACGCGUGUCAUCUUUGGGGUGUGAUCUGAGGUGCACUUAGCCUGGGGAAAGGGAUGGUCCUUUGGGACUGGGAGUAACCUGAAUAUUGCUGUGACUCUUGGUGUAAGGGACUAUCUCUCACAAAGGCAGGCCCACCUGGGUGGCAAGACAGAUCAGAGUGCCCCAGGGGACUGCCUGUGAGGCCAUGGCUAGGUCCUUACAGUGCCUGAGGAGUUCACACAUGAUAAUUGACGGGCGAGAUCCAAGCAUGGCACUCACAGCCCAGCAGGGGUUGGUGUCCUGCUUACUAACAGGCUGCCAUUCAUGCUCCUGAGCCACUGCAGGACAGCUUGGCAGAGGCACGUGGUCUCAGACCGUGUCUGUAUUUGCCGAGUUUCUCUUAGACGGAAGAGCGCAGGCUGGAGGAAAGGCAGAGUCCAUGAGCCAUCUGACAUAUCCCCCCGCCAGCCCGCUCAAUGCGCUCAUGUCCCAUGAAACAUGGCUCCAGCGUUCACAGCCCCUCAGAACAGCUGAUCUCCCCUCCACGUGAGUGGCACAUACAGCACACCACGGGCACGGAGCAGCCACAGCCCAUGAGUCUCUGCCCACGAACCCUGAGCAGAACAAACAGCCUGAUUAAGACCUGGUCUGAAGAACCCACCUGAGCUCAGUUUGCCCACCUGACAGGGAGGAAGCUGCCCGGCUGGGAUCUGAAGCUGUCCUGGAGGGCAUUUCAGAGCUGCUGCUCAGACCCCUCUGGCAGGAGAUUAAAAGAUCAAAGUGGGAGCUGCAGCAAGGCAGGUCUGAGAACCAGCCAAAGUGGCAGCCUGCAAAUAUUCAGCAAGGUUGUCUAGCGUCGCUAGGACGAAGGGAGACGUGCUCCUGGCGUGUCAGGACAGCCCCUGGCAGCAGCUCCUGGCGUGCUCCUGGCAUGUCGGGACAGUCCCCAGCAGCGGCGCUAGGGAAAGGGAGAUGUGCUCCUAGCAUGUCGGGACAGCCCCCGCCAGCAGCUCCUGGCAUGUGGGACAGCCCCCAGCAGCGGCACUAGGGAAAGGGAGAUAUGCUCCUGGCAUGUGGGACAGCCCCCGCCAGCAGCUCCUGGUGUGUCGGGACAGCCCCUGCCAGCAGUUCCUGGCAUGCGGGACAGCCCCCAGCAGCGGCGCUAGGGCAAAGGGAGAUAUGCUCCUGGAGUGUCAGGACAGCCCCCAGCAGCGGCGCUAGGGCUUUUUUGCAUCUCAUGUUUUGCUUUUUAGUUAAUUCGCCAUGUUGCAUUUUUAACACUUGAGCAAAGUGGCCAGUGAAUCCAAUCUGGCUGGAACGGCUGAGCCCUGUGCUGCUGGGAACGUGGCUGCACCAAGGAGCCGAGGGCUAGAGUAAGGCGCGGGCCCCCGCUCCAUGGCCCAGCCAGCCAGGAGAGACUCUGCAGCAACCAUCAGCACCGGGGAAGAGUUAUCUUAGUUAAUGGGAUUGGUUUGCCUCUUCACUGGGAACUCAGCUGAGACCCCACCAAACUCAUAGCACAUGUCCAGGUAUUUGCUUUAAACAAACAGCUGUGCAAGCUCUGUCCUCCACAGUGCAUCAGCCUCUGCCAUGCGGGCCAGUCCCACCCGCAGUGUCGCUCUGCAUGGAUUUAAUUUGCAAAAUCAAACUGAUCACAAACCACAGGUUUGGGACUCGAAUGGCUACCUGAGAAAAACGUAUUCAGGCUGAGUUUGAGGUGGGUUAGCGACACACAAAGACCCAAAAGUGCUAAUCAAAAGCCAACGCAAACGAUAAAGGCCGGGCAAUAAAUGGACACAAAGUUAACAUACUCACAACUUCAUGGAGCAAUGAAAACAGAGACAGGCAGUGGAGGGUACCAUAAAUCGCCUUUGUCAUUCUGAUGCACCACUGGUAAAUAUCCCUACAUCAGUUUUCAUGCUCUUUUGUUUACAUAUUAACAUCCCUGGCCAUAUGUAAUUAAAUCUCCUCCUCUUGUCCAUUUGGGCCUUCUAGGUAACCAUAACUGGUGUUCUGAUUAGUGAUAGAGCUAUUUGUGUCAACACAUUCGUUAACAUUGUCAGUACACUUAGAGCAAGGUACAUUACUUAACCCCACCCCACCCCCAAAAAAAUGCCGUUCAGAUUUCACGAUUUGUGGUCACUUGCUUAUGCCACAGCUCUUAGUGCUCCACCUCCUCACCCAGGUCACUUACUCCUGACUCUAAUGCUGGCAAACUUUUAACUCCCAGGCUUAAGCCGAUUGCCAAGCCUAGCUUAACGUUAACCCUCAGCUUGUACAUUCUCCUACUUGGGUUUCAGCUAGAAGGGACUGGGCUAGAUGACCUCCCAAGGUCCCUUCCGCUCCUACCGCUCUAUGUUGGCAUCACUCCGCCCAUUGCACGGCCUCUGUAUAAAGUAAGCUUGUUUUACAACCUCUGCAGGCUCAGGUUAGGGGACACAGACCCACAUUCAGCCUGCAGCAAUAGCAGAGACACGGUGGCUGGCAGGCUCAGAUGUGUUCUGGGGGGAGGGAUGUCUGACUCCACCCCGCCACCUCCAGGUAUGCCCCGCCCAGACUGGCACCCACAGCAGGGGCUAUGUGUGUGGUAGCUUGUACUAGAGACUCUCGUUAGCAAAACGUAGCCCCUGGCUCAAAGGGCACAGCAGCUGUGGGGGGUUUAAAGCUAACAUGCUGCAGGCUGUGAGGGGUAGUGGCUUAACAGGGGCAUCUGGGCUUUUUGUGGGACCUGCUGGAAUCCAAGUUGUUUAGCUGGAAAUGACUGUGCCUGGGCAUCCUGGCCUGCGUCAGGCUGAUCUUGGAGCAGGCUCUGCCUCUUCCUUCAGGUCUGUAAUACGCUGUGCGAGGAAAGGUGCUGUCCUGAUGCAGUGAUCUCUGGAGGGCUGACGCGUCAGGCCUGGCUCUAGGGGGGAUCUUUGCGUGUGUGCACUGUAGUCCCCUGCUGUGGGUGCACUAACAGGAGUAAAACAGGCUUUAUGUUGGACUGAAAACAAAGGGCUUGGCUACAAAGGGAGUUAUUUCAGUUUAACUGUUCCCUGUGUGAAUGCUCUUACGCUGCAAUAAAAGUGUCGUUCCAAAAAUUAA